AUUAUUUUUCAGAAACCGUAAAACUAUCUAUAGUUGGCCCUUUACGGCGGAACGGGCCCACGAGACUAUCCUAUCCUAUCCUUGCUUUGCCUCUGUCAAUAGCAGCGAGUCAAGACUCCCACUCUCCAGUUUCCAUCGAUUUAGAGUGGUGUUCUCUCUUUCUCCGUAACAAUUCCAUGGCCAUCGGAAGCUUACCUACCAUUAUUUUCUACCUCUUCACCUUGUUUUUCGCUGUUCUAGCAGAUGAUGGGGAUAGGAACCCAGGGCAGUAUCCUCUAGUAGUGACCACCUGGCCCUUCAAAGAAGCUGUCAAAGCUGCCUGGAGGGCUGUUAAUGGUGGCCUUUCUGCUGUCGAUGCUAUCGUGGAGGGUUGUUCGGCUUGUGAGGAACUCAGGUGUGAUGGUACAGUGGGGCCUGGUGGAAGUCCAGAUGAGAAUGGAGAAACUACAAUUGAUGCCAUGGUCAUGAAUGGGGUGACAAUGGAGGUCGGAGCUGUUGCUGCAAUGAGGUAUGUUAAAGAUGGUAUCAGAGCUGCAAAAUUAGUGAUGCAGCACACAGAGCACACUUUGCUUGUCGGGGAGGCAGCGUCAGCCUUUGCCAUUUCAAUGGGACUCCCUGGACCUACAAACCUGAGUUCGACAGAGUCCAUGGAGAAAUGGACCAAAUGGAAGGAGAACCACUGCCGACCUAAUUUUUGGAAAAAUGUUGUACCUGCUGAUAGUUGUGGCCCCUACCAUCCAAAGGGCACUGCGGAAUUCAAUGAAGGGGAGUUUCCCAAAAUCAACCUGAUGGGAGUCCUUGAACCGCGAUCAUCUCAUGUUGGUCGCCACAACCAUGACACCAUAUCAAUGGCUGUUAUUGAUAAAAUGGGGCGUGUAGCUGUUGGUACGUCAACUAAUGGAGCCACAUAUAAGAUCCCUGGCAGAGUGGGUGAUGGACCCAUUGCAGGAUCUUCAGCUUAUGCUGAUAAUGAUGUUGGUGCUUGUGGUGCAACUGGGGAUGGUGACAUCAUGAUGCGCUUCCUUCCAUGUUACCAAGUCGUGGAGAGCAUGAGACUAGGUAUGGAGCCUAGGGUUGCUGCUGAGGAUGCAAUAUCUCGAAUAGCAAGAAAAUUUCCAGAUUUUGUGGGAGCUGUUUUUGCUGUCAAUAAGAGUGGUGUGCAUGCCGGUGCUUGUCAUGGAUGGACAUUUCAGUACUCAGUGAGGAGUCCAGAAAUGGACGAUGUGGAGGUUUUCACUGUAUUUCCCUGAUCCUGAAGUGGGAAUUUAUUACUACAAGUUUAUUAAAUUUUUCUGGAGGAUCCAAUACCAUAAAUUGGUAAUUCUCCAAUCACAUUGUCACAUUCGAUCUUUACUGAAAUUACUACGUUAAUUUGUGCGCGUGUGUAGCAAAAAACAGAAGAUGUUUCUGUAAGUUGUACAAUUUGGAGAAUGCUGUGUAAAAGAUUGUUAUUAGAUAAAAGAAUUGAGUGUUGAAAGUUGCAACAUAA